AUGACCAGCGGUCCCAGCAACGAGAAUCCUCGCCAGGAGCGCGAGCACUUGCAUCCGACGCAGCAGCAAGAGCAGCAGCAGCACCACGGCCAGCUGCGCGGUCGGAAGCGAGCGCCGCUGGUGGAAGUGACGAACCUGGCGGCCAUGGGCGGCAGGGCACGCGCCACAGCGAAGCGCGCUGCUCUGAGACCUCAUCUCGCUGGCUCGGCGGCAAAGCAGCGAGCAGCAGCACUGGCAGCAGCGGCGAGGGACCGCCUGUUGGGUCGAAGGCGCUCCCUGGGGUCGUCCCCGCUGUCCACCCGACGUGCAUCGCCGCGGGACAGACGGAGUCAGGCAGGACGGCAGCACCGGCUGGCGCACAAGCAGCAGGGGCAGCAGAAGGCGCAGCAACGCGUGCGGGGAAGCCGGUCACAGCAGCGGUUGGAGGCGGGGCAAGGCACGUCGUCCGCGCAGCUCACCACUUCGUCGCAGCCUCUCUCCGGGCUCACCACGCUGAGACUACCCCUUGCGACGCCGUGCGACGACGACGACAAGGCGCAGCUGCCAUGCGAGUCAAUCGCAGCACUCCCAGCGAUGCCGUGCGAGAGAGCCUCAGGUGGCGCGAGCGAAGCGGGCGUGGCGGGCUGCAGGAGCGACAGCGAAAGCAGUAGCAGCAACGGCGGCGGUGGCGCGUCCAUCGGCCGUGUUCACGACGUCGUGGCCAGCGAGCGGGGCAGCAGCGCCCGCGCGAACGACGGCAGUCAGUCGUUCAGCGGCAGGAAGAGGGCCGCGGGGGAAGGCGCGUCACCAGCGGAGCGGGCGGCGGACGAGGCGCACAUCUGCCGAGAGCGGGCGCGCGGAGAGCCGUCGUGUGUGCAGGCGGAGGCGGACAUUGGCGGUAACGUUGCGAGAGGCGAGGAGGAGCGCCGUGGGGAUGCGAGCCGCGGCAAGGCGAUGGUUGGUGAUGAUGCGCUGACGAUGACGAGAGGCGCGGCGUCUGCUGCGAGCCACGGCCCCUCCGACCUCACCAAGCAACCCGUGCGAGAGCCUCAAUGCGUCCGGGGGCCGUCACCGCCACUUGCUGCGCUACCCAGCACCAGCACUGCCGUCCCAGCACCCCUCCCCGCCGUUCUGCCAGGGCAAGCCGCCUCAUUGCCGCAGCAGGCGAGCAGGGCGGCCCCUUGGAAAGGGGGACAUCGAGGGGCGACGGUGCGGGACAUCGACUCGUCGUCGGAUCCGCAGCUGUGCGGGCGAUACGUGGCGGACAUCUACGGCCACCUCCGCGCCGCCGAGCAGCGCAGCCAGCCGCGCGCGGACUACAUGGAGGCGGUGCAGAAGGACGUGAACAGCGGCAUGCGCACCAUCCUCGUCGACUGGCUCGUUGAGGUGGCAGAGGAGUACAAGCUGGUGCCGGAUACGCUCUACCUCACGUGCGCCUACCUGGACAGCUACCUCUCCGCCCACACUGUGCCACGCAGCCAGCUGCAGCUGCUCGGCAUCUCCUGCAUGCUCAUCGCCUCCAAGUUUGAGGAGAUCUACGCGCCACAGGUGGACGAGUUCUGCUACAUCACAGACAACACGUACACCCGCCUCGAGGUGUUGCAGAUGGAGAGCCGUGUGCUCAACCACCUGGCGUUCGACCUCAGCAAGCCCACCACCAAGAGCUUCCUCAGGAGGUACAUUCGAGUCGCCCAAGCCAGCCUCAAGGACCCCUCGCUCAAGCUGGAGUUUCUGAGCAAUUUCUUCUCGGAGCUGGCUCUCACAGACUACUCGUGCCUGCGCUUCAAGCCCUCGUGCCUUGCUGCCUCCGCUGUCCUCCUCGCCAAGCUCACUCUCUUCCCCACCCUGCCUCCCUGGACGGCGACUCUGGCGGCUUGUUCGGGGUAUGCGUGUGCUGAGCUGCGGGAGUGUGUAGCAUGCCUGCAUGCACUGCACUCCUCCAACGGACGUGCGCCACCCACUGCCGUGCACCAGAAGUACUGUCAGGCCAAGGUGUGUGCCAUUUCAUGGCUGUCGCCUCCAUCCCCCUGCCCGCACUACCACCGGAGCCCCGCUCCUCCUCACGUCACUCCCCAGCCCACUAGCUGUCAGUGUAGCAGUGGCGGCAGUAACAGUAGCCCAGUAGCCCUAGUACAAGUAGCAGUAGCAGCAGCAGCAGCAGCAGCAGCAGCAGCAGCAGCAGCAGCAGCAGCAGCAGCAGCAGCAGCAGCAGCAGCAGCAGCAGCAGCAGCAGCAGCAGCAGCAGCAGCAGCAGCAGCAGCAGCAGCAGCAGCAGCAGCAGCAGCAGCAGCAGCAGCAGCAGCAGCAGCAGCAGCAGCAGCAGCAGCAGCAGCAGCAGCAGCAGCAGCAGCAGCAGCAGCAGCAGCAGCAGCAGCAGCAGCAGCAGCAGCAGCAGCAGCAGCAGCAGCAGCAGCAGCAGCAGCAGCAGCAGCAGCAGCAGCAGCAGCAGCAGCAGCAGCAGCAGCAGCAGCAGCAGCAGCAGCAGCAGCAGCAGCAGCAGCAGCAGCCCAGCAGCAGCAGCAGCAGCAGCAGCAGCAGCAGCAGCAGCAGCAGCAGCAGCAGCAGCAGCGCAGCAGCACCGCAGCAGCAGCAGCAGCAGCAGCAGCAGCAGCAGCAGCAGCAGCAGCAGCAGCAGCAGCAGCAGCAGCAGCAGCAGCAGCAGCAGCAGCAGCAGCAGCAGCAGCAACCUUUACACGCAGUGGCAGUGCUCUCGAUGCAUGGGAACAGCACCCAGCAGGAGCAGGUGACUGGUGGGUCUACUGUGUGGCACUGGGCAUCGAGUAG